UCGCGGAGAUCCCCUCGUGGUGGAGCCGCUGUUCUAGGUAGUUGGUGCCUGGGACCCUAUCGGGCUGGGGCUUGAGGCCUCCUCUGUCGGAGCUGGGCCAUGGAGGGCUCCCUGGUACCUGAACUGGGGAGAUGUCAGGCCCCAGCGCUGCAGUGACCGUUAGCUGGUGGAGCUGGAGUGUUUUCCGCGGGGCGCUGCAGGGGCACGUGUGACACCGUAAGGGCGGGGGCCUAACGGGGUCAGCGCCGUCAGCAACUCCCCCCUCCCACUGCUAUUGUCACCACCUCGCUGUGUGACCUUGGACGAGAGCCUCUCUGAACCUCGCGUGGCUCGGCACCCUCAGGGAGGAGGGCGGUGAUGUCGGAGAGUACGAACUCCGGAGACUACUGCGUCAGAAGAGGCUCUUGCUGGUGUCCCUGGAGCAUGGCAGGCUGCUGAGCUUGAGCGGUGGUGUCUGGCAGGAGCUGCGUGUCUCACCCCAUGGCAGGGAGGGCAUCCAUGGCUGCAGCCAACAAGGGCAACAAGCCCAGAGUUCGGAGUAUCCGCUUUGCGACAGGCCAUGAUGCAGAAGGCUCCCAGAGCCAUGUCCACUUUGAUGAGAAGCUGCAUGACUCCGUGGUCAUGGUCACCCAGGAGAGCGACAGCAGCUUUCUGGUCAAGGUUGGCUUCCUGAAGAUCCUGCACAGGUAUGAGAUUACCUUCACUCUGCCCCCAGUGCACAGGCUGAGUAAGGACGUCCGAGAGGCACCUGUCCCCAGCCUGCACCUCAAGCUCCUCAGCGUCAUGCCCAUCCCAGAAGGUUACAGCGUCAAGUGUGAGUACUCAGCGCACAAGGAGGGCGUCCUCAAGGAGGAGAUGCUGCUAGCCUGCGAAGGUGGCACUGGCACCUGCGUGCGUGUGACGGUGCAGGCGCGCGUCAUGGACCGCCACCACGGCACACCCAUGCUGCUGGAUGGUGUCAAGUGCGUGGGUGCUGAGCUCGAAUACGACUCGGAGCACAGUGACUGGCACGGCUUCGACUGAGGCCCGCGCCUCCACCUGCCUCGGGGCCCCUCAGCCUUAAACCCCACCUUAUCUCCCCGAAUGCUGUGUGAUGGUGUGGCUUCCUCGCCCCUCCCCGGGGUGGGUGUGGAGGUGGAGAGUCCAAGGGCCUCCAAGCCGGAGCCUCACCCACACUUCUCACCUCAUUUGUACCACCUCCCUGCUCCUCCUCUCCCACUUCAUCCUGUGUGCCUCAGUCUCCUGCAGAAGAAAUGGGUUGAGCCCCCAAGGAGGCUGUCUGAGGAGGGAUGGGGGGGCCUGGGGGGUUCUACCCACCCCCGACCCCAAGCCAUAGGGGCUCUAGCCAGGACCUGGGAGAGAAGGGAGCUGGCCCUGGGGCAUAGCCACCCCCGUUACCACUGCUGCUGUCUCGCUUUAGCCACCUCUCCUGUCCCCUCCCUCUUUCCCACUGUUGUCCACGGUGAGUAGGAGGGAGGUACAGUUCCCAACUCCUAACCCCCAGGUCUGUGUUAUUUGGUUUUUAAACAACUGGUUGGGAUAAAACCCUAAAGAAAUAAAACUUUCAGUGGAUACCAAA